CAAGCCUAAUACCAAAAAGAUGCAUCUCCUAUAGAAGACUAUUUCCACUGAUAUUAUGAAUAAUGCUUGGUUAUCUAAAAACAAGUCAAAAGAUAAUAGAUCUGAUGAAACAGAGAAAGAAAGAAUAGCAAACAUUGUUUCUUCUGUGAUUCACGAAUAUGAUGUUAUAGACGACCCACCCUGUGCUUCCAAAAUGGCCCAAAAUGAUCAACAAGAAAAAGUUUUGACAAAUGACCAAUCAAAGCUGUCACAAUCAUCAAAUGAACGAAUCAUAAUGUCAUACCCAAGAAUAAACUGUAAAGAAAAAAUAGUGAUAUGUGUAGACCUCAGUUCAGAAAUGGACAAAGUGACAUUUAGAUCUAGAGCUGGUGAUAAAUGGACACCACUUAAACUGGUAAAAAGAGCGUUAGGAUUUUUUCUUCACAGUAAAUCAAGAAUAAAUAAAUUACAUGAAUAUUCUCUAGUCGUUCUACAUAACUCAGCCAAAUGGGUGAGAGAUUUUACAUCAAAUCCAAAAGAAAUUCUGUCGUUCUUCGAAGAUGAGAUACUGUUAGAUACAAUAGCCUGUGAAACAUUUGACGCAUCAGCAUUAUUUGAUGUUUUAUUGAAGAGAUUAGAUUUACCUGCAGUGGAAGGAGAUGUUUCUGUUACCCCACCACCAUAUAUUGUUCGUGUUUUAAUGAUUUAUGGCCGAUCACAUUGUCCAAUAGAGUUCAGAAAUAAAGAGUCUUUCAAGCAGCUUGAUUCAUCACCAUAUUUCUUUGUUGAUGUGAUGUAUAUACAUGAAGCUCCAUCAGAAGAAAAUAAAUGUGAGAUGAUUUUUGACAGCCUUUGUGACUUUGAUGAGAAGGGAAUGUCUUACAUAUUUGAAGCAGCUAGAAAUCCCACUAAAUUUUAUGACCAGAUGUCACAGUUAUUAGCUCACCCCUUACAAAGACCUUUACAAAAAGACAUUGCUUGUAGACUUCAUAAUGUAGCAGAACUCGUAGAACAAUCUUCAUCUUCAUCUUCAUGACUUGUUUAUAAAAGUUUCUAAAUGAUGUUUAAUUUCUGAAGUAUUAUCAACAUAGGUUGUAAUGAAAAAGUGUUAUCAGAUCUGAGACAUAAUAAACUGAAUAAUAUGUGUCCAUUUAUUUUGUAUGUGUAGUUUGUUUAAAUUAUAGUUGUAAUACUUCCUGCUGACCAAUAAACAUCUAACAUUUA